AUGCUCCGGCCUGGGCCUACAAGGUGGGCCCUGGGACUUGGAUUGUCUGCAGGCCCCUGGAGGGGGGACCUGAGUGGUGGACUGAGGCUGGAAGCAGCUGGGCUGUAUGGCUGGCAUGGGCUGGUUCAGUACGGAAGCCCUAGUGUCUCACACAAGGCUGAAGUCAGAGGUCGGGUGAGGGUGGAGAGCCGGUGUCACCUCUGGGCUGACGUCAGCGGGGUGUGGGACUCCGUCAGCUCCAGUCUGGUGGUGUCGUCCAGGUGUGGGGGGUUGACCAGGGUGGCCUGGGUGAAGGUGUGGGAUGGGGCUGCCGCUGGUCAGAGCAGGACCUCGCUGACCGUACUAGGCUGGGCUGGUACAGACGGACUCAAGGGCUCCGUGAGUCUUCAAAACAACCAGGACUCCCUGCACUGUCUGCUCUCCCUGGUACUGAAGAAGCAGAAAGCUGAGCUGGGAUGGACCCUCCAGCACCAGUGGGCCUCGUUCUCCCCCACCAUCCCAGAGAAGGUGGACGUGCACGGGUCAGCUCAGCUCCAGGACGCCUCACUCUCAGGCAGUGCGAGGAUCUCCCUGGACUCGCGUUCAGCCCAGCUGGAGGUGAACGCGGCCUGGGCCCCCCACCUCUCCAUCAGGGCCAUCCUCCAGCACAGCCUGGACGCCCUGAAGGACGCUGGGAUACCAGAGGACGCCAUUGUGAGUGUGUUAGUGGGGUCCAGCCAGGCCCAGGUGGAGCUGGAGAGUGCUGCCUGUGCCGUAUUGGCCCACGGGACUCUUCGUAAAGGACAAGGAGUAGGAGAGAAGAGGAGUUGGAGUCUGACUGUCCGUCAACGUUGUGUUUCCCUGAAGACUCUCCUCCCUCCUCAGUUCUCCAUGAAUGCCUCACUGCUCCACGCCGGCUGCUCCACCCGUCUGGACACCCACCUCCAUGCUGGGGCUGAGGAGCGGGGGGCCCUGAGCCUAGCCACAUCAUGCCAUCCGCACCUCAGCCUCAAAGGCUCCGCUCGGCAUUCCCUCGGGGCCCUUCGAACCCUGGGCGUCGCCCCUCGCGGUGCCCUAGUCCUGGCUCUCUCAGCCGAGGGCCACCCUGGCCUCCUGUCUGUGGCCCCCUGCCAGCUGGCCCUAUCCUCGGCCCUGAGGGUCGACCACCAUGACCUGACCCUGGAGCUGGGCCAGUCCUGCAGGCCCCCUCGCCUCUCUGGGACCCUCACACACUCCUUUCCCGGCUUGCGUAUCCGGGGCCUGCCCUUAAGGACCAGCGUGGAGGCGUCGGCCCCGGGGGGCGUCGGCCAGACUGGGGCCCUGCUGAUCGAAGCUGGGCCCUGUCACAUCAGAGCCAGAGGCACCAUGGGGCCCAAAGGAAGGACAAAGUGGUUAUGGGCCACUGAGUCCGAAUGCCCAUUCCUACAGGCCCAUCUAAACGGUUCAGUGGGGCAGGAUGACCAGAGCGUCUGGACGGCAGCAGUGGAUGCAGGUGUGGAAGGGGAGCGGGGUUCCCUGAGUCUGACUGCAGGGGCCAGCCCUGGGCUGAGGCUGGAGGGAACGCUCAGUCACAACCUGACCGUGCUCAGCACCGUACCAGGCCACGGCAGGCUGCUGGUGACGGGCAGGGCGGGAGCCCAGGGCUACGACACAGAGGCUCAGCUGCAACUGGGCCGGUGUGGUGUGGGAGCCUCUGGGACUGUGAUGACAGGCCGUCGCCUGCAGGGGGUGCUGGUGUACCACAACAACUGCACUACACUACUGGAAUGGGGUAGUCCUGGUACUAUGACAGCUUCUGGGUCACUGGUCAACAACGUGACCGUCCUGGAGACGCAGGUCUCCAUGGCGAUGGAUGACAAGGAACUGCAGGCUUCAAUGGCCGUGAGGACAACUGAGGGACAACAGGAGAUGUCUGCUCAGCUCAACCACUCUGUACCCCUGCUGACCAAGGCAGGGCUCCCCGUCAACGCUGCCAUCGCAAUGCUGUCCGAAAACCAUGGCAACGGCUCCUACCACCAACUCCUCCACUGCAGCGUAGGAAGGCAACAGUUAACUGAGGUCUUGACCGUGGAGAGGACUGCUUGGAUGGCAAGCGUGAAGAGCUACCUCAAUCACACCGUCAGCUACCUGAGGACCUGGGGCUUUCCUGAGAACAACAGGAUCCAGCUCGAGGUCGGUGCUGAGGAUGGAAAGAGCUUGAGCCUCCAGUCCCAGUUAGGAGCUCAGCAGGCAGGCCUGGGGCUCCAAGUGACUGGCUUGCCCCUGAGCAUGGAGCUCCAGGGACACCUGUUGCAUAGCUGGCGCUGGCUACAGGAGAGAGGCCUGCCACUGACCAUAGAGGCCUUGUGCUCCAUACGCGGGCCCCUGCCCCAGAUGCGGUCCAGGGCUCGCCUCUCCUUGGACGGACACAGGCUGCUGGCCUCCAGCCUGAACAUUAGUCUGGCUUAUGGACGGCCUCUUAAGAGUGUACUGGCAGACAUCCGCCGUGGUGACAGACAGCUCCGUGUGUCAGGGGACCUGAGGGGCUUGGGGGUCCAUGGAGGGUCUAGAGAGGCCCGGGUCACACUGCUGCACAGCGUACAGGGACGGGCCAGCCCUGCUCUGCAGGUGGAAGCUUGGGGUAGACUGACUGAUUCUCAGCUGAGGUGCUCUAUGGCUGUGAACCCAGAGCUCAGCUCCUCUCUGGCCCUCAUUGUCCAAGGGUAUCACCUACAGGACAGUAAGGAGUUAACGAUGAAGGUGGUCCAGAACAUUCCAGAGCUGCAGCCCUACCUGCCUGCUCAGCUCAACGCCAGAUCUCAGUUCAACCAGUCCAGCUCCAGUAUGAGGGGACUCCUGGAGCUGGCUUCAGGCAGCAGGAGGCUGUGGGCACUGGUGGAGUUAGCUGUCCUGGAGGGGGGCUUCAGACAAGCUGUGGAGCUCAACCACUCCUUCCCACAGCUGAAGCCCAGGACGGUGGCGGUGAGGACGCUGUAUGAGAGGGGGAAGUGGAGCCACCGUCUGCAGCAUGGGACAGUGUGGGGGGGCCAGGAGGUCCGUGUGGCGGGGCUCUACUCUGCCCCUCCCCAUCUGGAGCUGGGAGACCACUCUCUCAAUGUCCAGAUGGCCCAUGUUCCCCGGGGGAGCAGUUUAGAUGUGACACUGGUCCGUUCUGUCCGAGGCAGCUUGGACAGUGUCCAGCUGGGCUGGAACAGGCACGGACGUCUGGAGCAGGUCAGGGUUGUGAGCUCGUGGAAUGGUACAAGAGAAACCAGUGAGACCAGACUGGAGCUGAAGCAACCCUUCACCUCCACACUCUCCCAACUCCACCUCCACACUCUCUCUCAGAGCUUUGCCGGGGAGCAGAGGAGCAGCCAGCAGACGCAUCUCUCCUGGGACAGUGGAGUGCCUAUGAACGUCUCCCUCACCCUGAACAGACAGUGGCAGAAUAACUCCAGCAGGGGGCAGGCUUGUGGCCUCUUCUCACCUGGACGGGCAGUGGUCACCUCGCCUGUGAACGUUGAGGGCUGUGUCUCCGUGGCCCAGGAGGGGAACUCAUAUUCCCAGAAUGCUGUGCUGAAAUGGGGUGACAGGAGUGUCAGACAAGGCAUGAAAUAUCAGAGGGUUCCUGGAGGAACACACACACUCCGGCUGGAGGCCGGAGCUGACAAGGUGUCCCCCGGCCCCUGUUCCUCUCAUGCUCUCCUGGCCCAGGUCCACACCAACCUCAAGGACAGGAUAGAGCACCACCUCCAGCUGGACCUGUGCCCCCCACACCCUUCACUAGCCUGGUCUGGGGACCACAGAGUGAACGUGGGGGCAGAGCUGUUGUACAGUCAAACCCGCCUGUCUGUGACUGGACAGCCCGCUUACUACUGCAGCUUCACCCUGGGGCUCAUCAACUCCUCCAGCGCCCACUCCACCAACCUCACCCUGUUCACUGAGUCCACAGUGGGUAACUGGAGUGCAGAGGUGGGGGGCAGUGCCCUCUCCUCCCCCCAGGGCCCUGGGGUCCAGAUUCAGGCCAGACUAGACCGCAGUGAGCAGGUGUGGCUGAAAGGGGCUCUAGAGGGCCGAUGUCUACAGACUGCAGCUGGAUACCACAAUGCACAAGGCCCAGAUGAAGACCUCUCACUGGCUGUGUGUUUGGAGGGUCGGCGAAGGUUAACCCUUAAGGCCCUGAGACGAGAUGACGGCGCCGAACCAGUGACACUCACGGCUGUCACUCUAGGGAUAGCCAAUCACAGUCUGAUUUUCAGAGCGAGGGGAUGUGCAGACGACCUAUGGGAAGUGGAGACUCGGGUCCACCAUCUGGGCUCCCUGUUGAGAAUCAAGCUGCUGGAGAGAGUUCAGAAGUUACAUCAUGUCCUUGUAGAGUUCAGACAGCAGUCAAGAGCCAGUAAGUUGCUCCAGGAGCUGAGUGCUGUGCCCCUGAGGCUGACCCAGAGAGCAGAGGCCCUGCUGGGCCAGAGGGAGGGAGGAGCGUGGGCCGUCUGGAGCUCCAGCCACCUGCGCCGCGCCCUGGCCGAUAGCCUGCCACGCCUGCUGGUGCUGCUGGAGCACAUCUCCCGCCUGGGACAGCAGGAGCUCAAGAGACCCAUGGCCACUUUGGCAGGGGCGUACCAUGAUGUGACAGGCCAGAGGGUGGAAGCUGUAUGGCGGGGGGCGGUGGAGGUACGGACAGCUAAACUGGUGGAGCUUCUGUCCCCCGUCCUGAAGAGCCAUCAGCUCAGACUGCUGGCCCAGACGGGUAUCCUCGCCCUGGGCACAGGUCUGGACCUGGUAAGCCAUCAGACUGUCCAGUGGGUUGAGGGCAGACUCGCAGCCUCUCUCGCCGGUCUGAGGAGACGUCUAGCCUCCAUCUACAGACUCUCCCCCAGACAAUGCUCUGUGUCCGUAACCGUGGCCCUGCCCCUGCCGCGGGGCUCCUGGUCCAGGGUGGGGGAGGCCGGGCUGGUGGAGGUGCUGCUGGAGGAGUGUCUACUCAAGCCCCUGCAGGCCCUCUCCUCCAUGAGGCCCGGCGCGGAGCUCUACCGCCUCAAGAGGAGGAUCAUGGACAGCCCCUUUGGACAUCAAGCUCUCCUGGUGGCAGACCAGUUUGUAGUUACGUUUGAUGGCCACCUGUUUGAACUACCAGCCCAGUGCCCACUCCUCCUAGCCCACGACGUCCACGACAGCUCUUUCACUGUGCUGCUGAACACAGACGACUUCCAGCACACCCUGGUGGUGGCGUCCAACAACAGCACUGCCACCAUUCAUCAGAAUGGACAGGUGAAGGUCAACUGCCACGGAAUUCAAACAUCCUACAGUGACAACGGAUUGGUCAUCAAGAAGGACUCAAACCUUGUAGAAGUAUCCAAUCAAGAUGGCAUGUCAGUGUCAUGUGAUCCACUGCUUGGCGUGUGCAGUUUAACUCUAGAUGGCUGGUUACAUGGUGUGUCUUCUGGCCUCCUGGGAACCAAUGAUAAUGAAGCAGGAAAUGACUUAACUUUUCCUGAUGGAUUGCAGGCUGACAACAUUGCUGACUUUGUACACAGCUGGCAGGUGAGGCCAGAGUGUGGUGGUGAACCGACGUUAGCAGAGCCCUGUGCUAAAAUGGCGUCUGACCCAGUAAGCUGUGGUUUCCUCUUCUCCGCCCCUGACUCUCCACUGGGCUCAUGCUUUAGAGUGGUGGACCCGGCCCAGUUCCUACGGGUGUGUGAGAGGAGCCAUUGUGGGUCUGUCCCAGGCCCUAUCAGAGGGCCCUGCAGACUGGCGGCUGCUUUUGUCCACAUCUGCCAGAGAAACUACGUUCCACUGGAGCUCCCUGUUCAGUGCUUCGCACUAUAGCCACUGUUUUGU